UCUUGUGAUGUUAGAACACAGGUGGGUCCCAAUCAGGGGCGGACUGACUAUUCGAGCACUCAGGCACUGCCCGAGGGCCUGGGGUCAUUAGGGGGCCCCAUGAAAUGCUCCUGGUACCUUUUAUAGGCUUUUAUUGGUGUACUUUGAGUGUGGGCAAGGACACAGGGGCCCCAUGAUCCCCUAUUGCCCGGGGUCCCCAUGAGUUGUCAGUCCACCCCUGAUGGCAAGUGGGUGGAAAUCCAACAUUUUUCAGCAAAAUCCUCCAACUGGGACACUUUUCUAAAAUGUGAUUUUUGUUCACUUUGGAGAGAUUUUCUCCCAUUUCCUGUUGUAUCUCCAGGUCAGAAAGUAAAGAGGAAAUCCUUUCAACAAGAU